AUACAGAAAGGCUUAUACAAGUGUAGCUAGGGAAGGGAGUAGUUACGUUCAUGCGGGCAACGCUUGGGUUCGAGCAGGAUAUUAUGCGAGAAGGUCUGGCGUGCGCUUCGAGAGAUCAAACGGAGGAUACUAAGCCAUAGUAGCCUCGCAGACCCUAUCCGACGCAGAGAAUGCCGCGUACGAACACCAACGACGAGCCCACCGUACCCCUCACACGUACCAAUCGCCGAUAUAUCCACCGGGGACCGAAUACGCAGUAUGUCUGGCAGAAGCGCAGCUUAUGAGCGCAAUUGUAGGAGUGCUGAACGAGAGCUUGACUGAAGCGAUCAAGAGCUUCUAUAAGUUGAGGAAGGCAUAUUUGACACUAGAAAGCGUCAUGGAUGCGGAGAAGAAGUUCUUGAAAGAGAGAAGCACUAGCAGUUUGAAUUCGACGGCUUCGGAUAGUCCAUCAAGACCGGCUUCGAGAAACUCGACAAAGGGUGAUAGUCCCCCGGUUCCUAAACCUCCGACUCCUGAAAAUAUAUCGGCAACGGCGUCGAGCACAAGUCUCAGCCGCGACAGCUCGGAGACAAAUGUAGAGAAUUCAAGUGAGACGACGGUAGAGAAGGAGAGCCAAGACGAUGAUGAGGACGACUUCGACUUCAUGGAUGCGGCGGAAGACCAUCAAGAUGUCGAAACCCCUAAGGAAUACAUGGGGCAUCUUAACGUACCUGCAGAGAAGGGCGAAUCUGUGGAGCUGGACAAUAGCAAAAGAGAGCUGCACAUCAAGUCGAGCUCAGCGCCAAAUCUUCCUUCCCAGGAGGUCAGACCAGACACAUCUGUACCCGACGCCAUAGAGGACUUCGAGAAACUAGCCCUAUCCGACACCGUCAAAGCCGCGGAUGAUGUAUCUCUCUUUAGCGACCAUCCCGUGGACACUUUCAUAAUAUCCGGUUCUAAUUUCUGCUUCGGUAUUCUGCUUGUUAUCAUCUCUCUAGUACCUCCAGCUUUUGCAACGCUUUUAAAGAUUGUGGGAUUCAAGGGCGACCGGGAACGCGGCAUCCAGAUGCUUUGGCAGGCGUCUAAAUUUCACAACAUUCACGGCGCGAUGGGUGGUCUCGUCGUCUUUGCCUUCUACAACGGACUCAGCUUCUGCGACAUCGUCCCCCAGACAGGCGAGGGCUCCUACCCGAAAGAGCGAUGCAAGGUCCUGUUAGCGGACAUGCGGAAGCGCUACCCAAAGAGCCAUCUCUGGCUACUCGAAGAAGCGCGCAUGCUAUCUUCAGAGAAGCAAUUGGAGAAGGCUGUCGAAUUCGUAGCGAAAGCCGGAGAAUCCCCGCUCAAGCAGCUCGAGGCUCUAGGCUGGUUCGAGCGCAGUCUGAACACGAUGUUCAUGCACGAUUACGAUGGCACCUCCGCUGCUUUCCUCAAAUGCAUCACGCUCAACAACUGGAGUCACGGCCUAUACUAUUUUAUCUGCGGUGCAUCGCACGUCGAACUCUACCGCCGCAACAAGACCUCCAAUCCGUCCGCCGCGAAAGAAUAUGCAGCCAAAGCAGAAAACUUCUUUAAGAAGGUCGCGCCCAACACGGGAAAGAAGAAGUUCAUGGCGCGCCAGCUCCCCUUCGACGUAUUCGUCAACAGAAAGAUCCAGAAAUGGGAGGCCAGAGCCAAGGAAUGGAACUGCGCUUUCAUCGACGCAGUAGGCGUUUCGCCCGUCGAGGAAAUGAUAUAUUUCUGGAGCGGAUACAGGCGCAUGCGGGAUGAACAUCUGGACGUAUCACUUGAGAAUCUCGCCUGGAGUGAAAGCCCUGAGAACCCUUUUUGGGAGAAGGAAAGCAUGGAUGAGAAAGGCAUUCUUGCUCUCUUGAGGGCGGCCACGCUGAGAAGUAAGGGCGAGACGGGCAAGGCGAAAGAGAUUCUGAAAGACCAGAUUAUUACCCAUGAUAGAGCGUUGUUCAAGGGACCUUUGAAGGAUGCGUGGACGGCACCAUGCUCACGAUACGAGAUGGCCGCGAAUCUGUGGACGGAGGCAGAUGCGGAUGGUAGGCCUGAAGAGCAUAAGGACCUACUCGAGGAAUGUAAAACAUGGUUGCAGGAAGUAUCCGGAUGGGAGAGCUUUGAUUUGGAGGCUAGGAUCGGUAUGAAAGUCACCACGGGAAAAGGAACUCUGAGGAGGUAUGGAGUGGACUGCUAGUCGUAAGAGACUGUUUUAGUCUGAACGUUGAGCAACUUCAACCAGGAUGGGCAACGGGUGUUUGGCUG